UUGAAAUACGUCAAGAAAAAUUGCUAAGUAGAAUAGUUGUUUUGAAGUUGAGUGGUGGAAGGCGAUCGAAGGGAAGGAAUGUACUUUUGUGCGAAUGUGAAUCUUGGUUAAGAAAUGAACAACACUCUGAUAGAUAGAAAUGAAUUGAGGGACAAAAUUCAUGAAUAUUUAAGAGAGAAAGAUUUAAAAACUCGAAUCAAGUCUGCUUUGUCCAGUAAGGAGAAUAAAAUAAGACAGAAGAUAUCUUGCUCAAAACUAGCAGCUGAAGAAGACAGUUUAUUGAAAAUAUUGCACCAACAAAGAAUUGUAGAUGAAUUAGUGAGUCAUCUAGUUUUCUCUGAUAUUGCAAAAAAAGCAGAAACCACUCAUGAGGAUUUUAAAGAACUUCAACAAAAUGAGAAAACAGAUACUGUUGAUAGCAGCUUUUUAAAAGAUCAAAAUGUUUACAAAGUGGAAAUAAGAAUAAAGCAGGGAAGAGCAUUUGUAGAAUGUUUACUUGAGCCACCUCCUAUUAUUGGACAACCCCUUCCAACUCUAACUAUUCAUGGUCAUUUUCAAGGCCAAAGGUCAAAAUCCACACCAGUCCCAGCAGUUUGUGAACCAGAAUUUUUCUGCACAUUAAGCUUUGAUUUACACGCCAAAACACAAGGCCUCAUAGCAUCUGAUGUUCGUGCAUCCAGCCUUUCAGAAAUUGACAGUCCUGUUCAUUUAGUGUUAGUUCGAACUGAACCAAAUGGUGAAAACAAACUUAUGUCAUCCUGUUUUCUAGAGUGGAGAAAAGUACUCACUUCACCUAAUGGUUGUCUAAGCAUACAUACUGAAUUGAAAGGAAUAGGGGUUGAAAACAAAGUUCCUAUUGGAAUUUUGGAUAUGGAAUUAUGUGUCAAUCCAACUCCCAAAUCACUAAUAACUGAGUGUGUUCUCAACACCCAGUUAAGCUUAGAAAAAACUCAAUAUGAUGAAAAACAAAUAUUGUUUCUUACAUACUCCAAGCUGUGGUGGCAGGAGUAUUUGGAAAUACGACCUGAACACUCAUUAAGGCUAGUAAAAAUCUUUACCCAAGAUGAAAAUGCUGUAGCACUCCCUGUUGUUUGUUAUGUAAAGCCUUUGAGGGUUGGAAGACUGAUUGAAUCACCUCAAGAAGCCCUCUGGUUUGUUUCCUUAUUCCAUCAGCAAAAAUGUCCAGUGGUUGGGAAGGUUGGAAUAACAAGUCAAGAACAAUGGAACAAUCUUUUUGCCUUUCUUGUUGUUCAGGGUGGGGGUUCAGAAGACCAUGCAGUUUUCUUGUGUUCUUUACUUCUAGGAUUUGGUUUGAAUGCAUAUGUAUGUAUUGGCACUGUGGGUAAAGAAGUUCCAUAUGCGUGGGUCAUAACAUUUGGUCGAACUGAUAAUAUUACAUUUUGGGAUGUUGCUUCAGCUACAAGGUAUAAGCAUUGUUCAGCACAAAAAGAUUGCAGUAAAACAAUGAAGCCCAAGCAUCCUUUUAAGACAGUUGGCUGUAUAUUUAAUCAUCAAAGUUUUUUUGCCAAUUGUCAGCCUACUGAUUCAAUUGAAAGAUGCUGUUUUGAUCUAAAUGAUCCUUCUAAGUGGAAGUCAAUGUCUACUGAUGCUAUAGCCCUGAUUUCCACAACAAUUCCUUCAUGGCCAACAAUGUUAGCUUCCACCAUAGAUGUGUCCAAAGCAAGUCUUGACUUAGAAGAACAACUCAAAGUGCUAAUCACUGAACACAGAGCAGAUAAAGGCUUAACAACAUACUGGGAUGAAAAUUUGUGUUUCAUUCUGUCUUCUGCUCUAUCUACAUGUGAAAUACAAGGUAGAAGUGAAUUAUUUUAUGUACCAGGAGUACCAGCCUACCAUGAAGACUUUCAGGAUGCAGUUCAUCCUCUUGUUCCAGAAGGCCACACAUUCAAAGCAUUGCCUGUUCAUUUUUGUCAUAGAAAUGCCUGGAAAGUCUUCAAAGAGACCUUGAGAUCUGCCUUGGGUGAAGAAAUAAUUUGUUGUCAUGGGGAUAAAGUGAGAAUGGCUGUAAGAGCACAUGUUUAUGCAUAUCCUGAAAACAUUCUGUCUGUCUGGAUCAUGUUUUCCACAAAAUACAAAUGCAUUAUAUAAAGAGAAGGGAAUUUUGGCUGGUCCAUUCAUUUUUAAGCUUUGGCAGCAAGAUGGCUCCAGCAAUGAACUGUGGAUUCUCCAACAUGAUGGCAAACUAUUACUUCUGUAAUCCUGACUUAAGGGCAGCUACUAGGGGACGACACAGCUUUGCAGAAUGGUAGACCUUAUUGUAGUUGAUAGAGUGUAGGAAGCAACCACCCCAUAUGAAUGUUUCAGACUGCAACAUGUCCAGUGGCUUCAUCAUUAUGUGAUAUUUUCCCAGGAAUUCCAGCUCUGCAGGACUUAACCUGAAGCAAGUGUUAAAUUAAUAUUUGUGUUAAAAUAAUAUACAGUUGUACCUAUCAUACUUGUAUAAAACUGUUUCUUAGGCCUCUCAGUUCAUUUGAAAUCAGGAUGAGCAAACAUUACUAUUUAACAUCAAGCAUUAAUAUACAGUUGAAUUCUAUGUAUGUGAAACUUUAUCAUAAGUUUCACAGAUCAUUUGCCAUCAAGAUUAGUAAACAUUAUUUUCUUAUGUUAAACCUUUGCUUGUCCUACAUUUGACUUUGACUAAUAAUUGAAUGGCAAAAUACAUGAUAAAAAUAAUGUACAUACAAUGAAAAAGAGAAAGACCAGUACAGCAAUUUCAAAAGCAAGGACUUACAUUUUAUUCUUGAAUGCUGAACAUAUAUUCCUAAUAGCAUCUUCUCCUUGUUCCUGUUUAAUGUAAAAGAUCCUCUCAACAGCCAAGAAUGUAGAAUUCCACUUUGUCUGGUUUGGCCGAAUCAGCUUUAGCUUGCAUUCUGCUUCAAUAAUUUCAGUUGCCACUGCUGAUCAACAAACAUUGUUCCACAGUGCCUGACAUUUUCAAAAGGUUAAUCUGAACAAUUUAUGCUAUGAAUCACUGCCCUCUACAUUUGUGACAUCCCCUGUACCAAUCAGAUUCAAUAGGUGGCAUGCACAGUGGGGAUGUGAAGGGAGUUUACAUUCAAGACGUGAUCCUCCUUGUCUAAAAGAGCAGCUGUGUCUUGAAAACUGAUAUCCUCUGCUGGAUCAUCUGAAUCUUCUGUCAUAUCUGGACCUGUUCUUCAAUACCUUCAUCAUCCUAAAACAAUCGUUCUACUUUAUCAUCUCCAAAUACCUUGAAUGUCUUCACAAAAUUUGAUCCACUCUGAGUUGUUGUCCUGAUAAUCUUGUGUUGAUUCUGAUACUCUGAAUGUAUAUCAUUCAAGGUGUUGGCCAAGACAUCAUAGAUAUGUGGCCCUCUUCAACUGCCUGAAGGCUAGUGCAGCAGAACACGUCUCAGUAUGACUGAUAUCAAUCCAGUGAGCAGUCACACCAAUAUAACUAUCUUCUGAAUGUUCAGCAGUCAGUAGUUGUGGCAAUUUACUGCACUUUAGUCAUUGCAUUUAUCAAAUUAUUUCUCAUCUCUGUAGUAGCCUCAUUAAUUCUCUUGCAAACAGCUAGUCUUGACAUUAAGCUGUAGUCUGGCUGCAUAUAAUGAAUAAUUUCAUGGAAUUCUUGCAACUUCACAAUGCUGAAUGGAUGAAAUCCUUUUGUAAUAAAGUUGAUAACUAACUUAUCGAGAAUGGGCUUGGACACACUUUUAGAAUUAAGCACAGAGAAUAUUUUGCAUUCCUUGUUUGAGGAAUCAUCUGAAGUCUUGGUUCUGAUGACCUUCCUCUUCCAAACUUGUGAUUUAAACUCUGAGUACUUCUCGAAAUUAUGUUGGUGGACACGCUGCAAUAAAAAACAGCAUAUUAGCAGUGAAAAUGGGAAUUUUCUGUGGAUUCUAUGCUCAAGCCUAUCCCAAGAUGGAAUUUUUCAUUAACAUGGCACUUUGUACCUUGCCAGAAACCAAAAUUUCUCCACGAAAAAGCUCCUACACCUACACAAGAGUACAAUUUGUUUUGUCACUGCUGAAUAUUAAAGGUUUGUGAUGGAGCAUGCUCCCAUGUAAACAAAAGACAACAGAUGUGAUCCUGAUCAACUUUGCAGUAUGCUACAUGUUAAAAUCAAUUUAGAUAAUUAAAAGCCCCAUCUAAUAUACGGAAAAUUAAAUAAUAAGAAGAACCUUCAUAGCCAAUACAAAUUUUUAUAGCAAGUAAGACUGUAUUGAGUUCCCCCAAUCUUGCAUCACUUUUGCUUCGAAGUCCUCUUUUCAUGAGCACUAGGUUACACUCUGCAGUUAUUAUUGAGCUCAGAGAACAAAACCACUGAUGUGAUGUAAACUAAAAGACUUUAAUGAAAGAUGGAUAAGAAGCUCUCUAUCAAGCAUGUGAUCCAUUAACUAUAAGUUUCUAAGCUUUUGUUUCAACAAUGUAUGACCCAUUUCACAGGUUGACAUUGUUGUCACUCUGAGUACGGCUUUGGUAUUAAUAGUUAGUGAUUGCUUUUUAGUUUUCUCCAACUUUGAGCUAAACAAUUUAAAUUUUCUUAUCAUUCUCAAUACAAAUUUACAUAACUGAGUUUUAUUAGUUUA